GGUUGUGGGGGGCACUGGGGGGCCAUGUCUCUCUCUGUGCUGACAAUCCCCCUCCCCACAGUGCCGCGAUGCUGCUCGCCGGGUUGGCUGUGGUGCUGGCGCUGCUGUUCUGGGCCUGGCGCUGCCGCCCGGGGGGCGCGGGAUGCUGGGGGUCCCGGCGGCGGCCCUGGGGGCUCGUUCUCUGGCACUGGCUGGCACUGCGGGUGCUGGGCCGGGCCGUGGGCUGGCAGCGCCGGCACCUGGAGCAGGCGUCCAAGGACGUGCGGCGGAGCCAGGAGCGCCUCCUGCUGCGGCUGCUGGGGGGAGCCGGGGCCGCGGAGCCAGACUCGGCCGUGUUCCGGGCGCGUCGCCCCCUGGCAGAGCGCGGCUCCAACGGGGGCGAGACCCCUGCCCACCCGGCACUGCCGACGGGGGCCUGGGCUCUGCUUCGGAGCAGCUGCACCGCGGACUCCCCCCUGCAGGGGCCCGUGUUGUACCUGGACGUCCUGAGCAGAGUCUUCCCGGAGGCCCUGAGCCCGCAGGGCACUGCCCGCUUCUCCUGGGCCCGGGGAUGCUCCCUGCCGGCCGCAGCCUGGCCGCUGCCCACCCUGUACUGCACUCCGGAGGAGGCGGGCACGGUGCCCUCGCGCGCCGCGGCCCUGUAUGUGCAGCUGUUGUUUGCCCUGCGGGAGCGGGAGCUGCGGGCGCUGGAGGCCGGGCUGGUCUCGGAGCUGUACGAUGCCCUGGGCGUGCUGCGCGCCGGCUGGGAGGGCCUGGCGCAGGACCUGGCCUUGGGGAGGCUGAGUCCCCGGCUGGAGCUGCCUGAGGGGACCCGGCGCCGGCUGGAGCAGCUGCUGGCGCCCGACGCGGCGCGGGCGGCGGAGCUGAGGGCAGAGUGCGCCAGGGGCUGGGACGGCGUCGCCCGGCGCCUGUGGCCGCGGCUCCAGGUGGUGGUGGCGGCAGAGCCCAGUGGCGAGCAGCUCUACGGGGAGGCCCUGCGGGAGUCGGAGUGCCAGGGCCUCCCCUUCUACUGCCCCUUCUACGGCACCGCAGGAGCUCUGCUCGGGGUGAACCUGUGGCCGGAGCAGCCCGACUCCCGCUACCUGCUGUGCCCAGACUGGGCUUUCUGCGAGUUCCUGCCGGCGGGGACAGGCGCUGAGGGGCCCCCGGGGACCGUGCUGCUGGCGGACGUGCAGGCGGGCCCGGAGUACGAGCUGGUGCUGACGGCCCAGGCUGGAUUGUCCAGGUGCCGCGUCGGGGAGGUGCUGAAGGUGGCUGAAUUCCACAACCAGUGCCCCGUGGUGGGGCUCGUGCGCAGGCUGAGCCAGACCCUGAGCGUGCGUGGGGAAGGCGUCCCCGAGGAGCGCUUCUACCAGAGCCUGCGCCGCGCCGUGGCCAUGUGGCCGGGAGCCCGGCUGGUCGAUUACGUCUGCGCAGAGAGCAGCCUUCUGGGUGCCUCCUCCGGGGUCUGCGCCCCCCAUUACCAGGUGUUCGUGGAGCUGCGGGGCGUGCGUGAUCUGUCGGAGGUGCAGCGCUAUAAGCUGGAUCAGUGUCUCCAGGAGGAUUUUCCGGUCUACAAAACCUUCCGCUUAAAGGGCAGCAUUGGGCCGGUGCGGCUGCACUUGGUGGCGGCCGGGGCCUUCAGGGAGCUGCGGGAUGCUGCGGGCUCCCCGGGCCCCAUGGCCAGAGUCCUGAGGGAGAAGCGUCUGCUGCACUUCAUCCAGAGAAGAGUCGUCUCGUGAGGCCGGCCAGCCCUGCGGUGCCGUUGGCCCAGCGUGCCCUCGCUCGGGCUCUGCUUGUGCUGCCGCUCGCAGGGGGGCAGGGAGGGUCCCUGGUGUGGGGCAGGAGGCUGGGGAGGUCCCGUGGGGCAGCUCCCUGUCUGGCAGAGACUGCCCGCAGAGCUGGGGGGAGGCAUGCACAGCGUUUCAUGGUGCUACCGCAGGCGGGGGGGCCCUGUUGGCGCGCUGCAUCCUGCGUGGCCUCCCCGUCACAGAGCGCGCUGUGGGGAGCCGCGGGCCCCCGCCUGCAGCCCAAGGGCACGGGGCAGAGUGGAGAAGUUGCCUGAUCCCACCCCUGAGACCUGCCAGCUCCCUGUGUUCGGGGCCCGACCUGCUGGCGAUGCUGCGCCAAGCAUGGCCCUGUCGGGGAGCGGCUCGUCCACCAGAUGGCGCCAGCGUCAAGUUCACCGCCCAGCUUGGCGCCAGGUGCUGGCUGUUUGGAGACCCAGCCCCUGGCGUGGGGAGAAGCAGGGCUGGCUGCCCUGUGCCCCCAGGUGGGGAAGGAGGUUUGCCCAGGGCAGGGGGUUGAAGAGGUUGAGGCGGCUGGUGAGAUCAGGGCUGAUCGCUAAAGGGCAGCAGCUGCCCCUUCCCCAGAGUCUGCGCUGCUGGCAGCGGGGCAGCGCAGGGCUGGUCUCCCCAUGGCACCGCUUGGGGGCUGCGGCUCAGAGGGGCCCGGAGCCUCUGGGGCAGAGCCAGGAAUUGAACCCCGGCGAAUGCUCCGACCAGUGCACCCUACUUCCUCCGUCAGCGGAGCAGCACGAGGGCUGGCUGGCUGCAGAGGAAGCUGGAGUCUCUCCUCUCCCGCGGCUGCGUGACUGUGAUCCUUCCUGACACAUUUAUUACCAGGCGUUCUGCUUGUGCCUUUUGCCCCAGGCUCUGCCUCUGCAGCACCCUGGGAAUGCAGCCACCUCUGGGGUGGAAGGUGGUGGCUGCAGAAGGGAGGCCAAAGACAUGGGGGAACCACCCCUUUAUCCUGGGGCCCACACGGCGCUGACAGGCCCUUGGUUUGCAGGGCUGGGAACCAAAUCGCUCUGCUGCGUGGAGCUGAGCUGGGGCUGCUGGGAGCUGCAGGGCAGGUAUGGAUGUCGCACCUGGUGCUUACUAACCUGCCCCCUGGCUUGAAGCUCCCGGCUAUGGUGUCCUACAUUGUGCCAGCAUCCUGGGGCACGGCGCGUGGGAUCUGCUCCUGCGCUUGUGCGGCCCUGCGGGGCAGGGGCAGGGGCAGGGGCUGGCGCUUGGGAGGCCGAGAUCGCCGGCAGCCCGUAAGCUGCUCUGCAGCACGUGCCUCCGGUUUAUGAAACAAUGGGCGGGGGGGGGGCUGCUUUUAAUGUUUCAAAAAGCAAAAUAAAGCCGGAUUAUCUCUGAACAUAACCACCGGGCCCUGCGCUGUGAUUGGGACUUUAAUCCCCAUUAAGAGAUUUCUAGCUCGAAGGCCGACUCUGGGCUUGAUUAACGAGUUCCCCUUGUAUCUGUUACGAGGCAGCCGCCCCAUGAAUAUUUCACCAGUUCGGCAUCUGUCGAGGGGGCCCUGGGACCGUCUGGCUGCCUGUGAGAUCCAAGCACAGCGGGCACAGGACCCGGCUCUUCCCAACAGCUUGUUACGGUUUUAUUCUGAAGGCAGCUGAGCUGUGAUGCGUAGGAAGCCUGCUGGGCGGACAGCUGGGCCUGGGGUCGGGAAAGCAAAGCCCCUGGCAGGAGGUCUUGCCUUAGGAAGACACACAAAGCAGCCCCCAGCGUGGCACUGAAAUUGCUCAUCAGCCUAGAAAAUGCGCUGGCAAAAGGCCCUGGCCCCCCCGCCCCGUCCAUGCUGGGCGAAAAGUUUCAACCAACGUUCUGGUUGCAAGUGGAGAAAAAAUGUUGGUGGGCUGGGGCAGGGAGAGGGGCCUGGAGCUCUGCUGGGAGCCGGCACGCCUGGCCUCGCGCCAGGGGCUCCCGCUCUGCGAAGCGCAGGGUGAAAGCCCCCUGGCUGGAUUCUGGGGGGCGGCUGGCUCCGUACAGCACCCCGUCAGGGCCUGCUGCGUGCCCAGCCAUCAGCCCGUGAGUUAAUGGGCCCGGUCCCUCCUGCAGGCUCCAUUCAAAUCCACCUUCUGCCACCCUCCCACCCUCCUCCGGGCUGCAUUAGGGGCAGCCGGCCUCUGCAGCGCAGACCCAGCCGCCCUCCUGCAGUACCUGGUGCCGAGUGAUGCUUUGCCACGGUCAGAGUACGCCUGGCCCGCUCCAAAGCACUCGCCGGUCCAGGGCCCCAGCCUGCUCCCUGGGCGGCUCAGGGCAGUCUGAGAUUAACUCUGCAGGGACCGGCACUGACCGCACAGUAACCUGGGCGGCACGUGGGAGCAGCGCGAGUGAUUUCAGCCCUGGCUUGGUGUGACGAACUGGGACUGUUCUUACUGUGGUGUGUGAAUGCUGACAGGGGAGUGUGACUAGGAUGGUCUGCAUCGGGGGAUGGGAGCCGGCCCAAGGGAACAUACCUGAGCUUG